AUGCACCGCGAGCCUCCAGAUAACCUCAGACGCAUGCUCGGAAGGGUUGUGCGAGGCCAGUUUCCAAAAACCCGUUUUGUUGAAGCGGCUCGCCGCCUCCUUCACGGACUCGAACGGUGCCGGCGUGUCAAUAUCGGUUCUUAUUGGAGGAUUUGGACCUCCGAGGCUCGAGUCGACGGUUUGGGGUUGAAGAAUUUUAGAGCUCUAGGUCGCCAAUCUUCAAGGAAAAAAAGAACCCAACAAGGUUCGCAACCUGGGAAGCUUAGAAAAGUGGGUUUUGAAGAAAUGAGAUCUGCCUCUUUAAGAAAUCUUCAUUGGGAAGAUAUCGAACAAGAAAAUCACACCCCGUCUAUUCUCUCCAUCUUCUCAAAUCCGGCAAAGCCCACCAGCCACCGUCCGCCUCUCCUCCGACACCGUCACACCGUCUCGAAUCUAUCACCAUCGUCGCACAGUCCCGCCUCUCCCACCAGCCACCGUCUCGCCUCUAUUCCGUCACGCCUCGACAUCCCGCCUCGCCCUCGCUGCCUCGACGUCUGGCAGACUCCAAUUGCAAAUUUAAAAGGGUCACGGGCCAGGUCGGGGCGCGGGCCUAGGGUCGCAGGCCAGCUUGCCGGAGCAUCUCCGCCGCCAGUAGGCCGGAGCUCAAUUAUUUCCGGAGGCUCUCGGCCUCGAAUCUCUGUGGCGGCGUACCACCUGCUCGAUUGCUUCCAGAAGUUCAAGAGAAUAAAGGAUGCUAUGAGUCGAUGGGAAGAGCUUCAGUCUCGGCUGCUUAUACAGUUUUCUAAUGCAUCUUCCAUUAUCCAGAGGUUGCAGUUGAUCCAAAAUUCUAGUAACUAUGGGGCUUUGAAAUGUGUUGAGGGCAUAGAACGUGCUGUUUUGGCGAAGCAAAUGGAGUCCCUGCAAACCAUCUUGACCACCAUGAACAAUACCAUGGAAGAAUUUCAUGGGGUUGUCUGUUCUAUUCAGAAGACAGUUCGUGAUAGCAAGCAGCUCGUGAAAGUUGGUUCGUCCCAGCUGACUUCAAAACAACUUAAGCAACAAGUUGGUGUAAAACCAACUCCCGCAUAUUGUUUAGAGGGACUUGGGCUUCUUGAAGAGAUGCAUCAAUCAGAGUACCUUCUUAAGUUAUCUUUAGUAUCUGCUCUCCCAGCUCUUGCCUUGAAGCCCAGUGCAAAUGAUGAUCUAGGUGCACUUCAACAGUUACUGGUUGAUCAACCUAAUAUUCCUCGUGAAGAAGUUCAACUCGUAUAUGAUAUCAUAUUUGCUGAAGAAAUUGCUUGA